AUGACACCGCAUCAAGCGACACAGCACAUUGUCCUCGUCGGGGCCUGCUACCUUGACACGAUUCUCAGGCAAGGAACCUCCGUGCCCCGAUACCCGCAGGAAGACGAGAAACUGCGCGCCACGGAGCUGCAGGUUCGUCGCGGUGGCAACUGUCCCAACUCCCUCCAGGUGCUGCAGCAGUUCCUCGCGGCCGAGGGCGCUCUCGCCAGCCCGCCGGCGAGCGAGACACAGCUGCACCUCGUCUCGCCGCUGCCGCAGCGCGACAGCCCCGCGACGGAGCAGAUCCUCGCGUCGUUCGGCCGGGGUCCAUCGCCUCCCGUCGACUUUGACCACUGUCUGUUCCGCGCGGGACACAUGACGCCGGCGAGCUGCUACGUGCUCCGCAGCGCCGCGACUGGCAGUCGCACCAUCGUCAACAGCAAUACGCUGCCGGACAUGACGGUCCGCGAGUUCGCGGCCAUCGUCGGGGCCAUGACCGGGCGCGCUGCGGGCGAACGGGGGCACGCUAGCACGGGGCGAAACGCGGGCCGCUGGUGGUGGCAUUUCGAGGGACGCGAACCGGCAACGACCCUCGCGUGCAUGCGCGUGCUGCGGCAAGAGCUCGGCGAGUCUGUCCAGAUCAGCGUCGAGGUUGAGAAGCCGGGCCGCGAGGGCUUGCGCGCCCUGGCGGCCGAAGCAGACGUGGCCUUCUUUUCCAAAAGCUGGGCUGAG